GUCUACAUUCUCAUUUUCUGGGGCACACUGGACACAGCAUCAGCGGCUCGGGGGUAUCAUCCUGCAGACUGAGAGAUGAUGCAGCAUGUUGGACGAAUUCGGCGCGUCAUCGGUUACCGGGUCAACCAGUCUCACUGCGUCCCUUGCCUCCUCUUUGCAACCACGACCAUCGACGACACUGGCUGGCCACGUCUGAAUUUUCUCUACUUUCUUUCUUCUAACCAGCUGGUCUGGACGCCAUUGAUUUAUCUUGGGUUCUUGGUUUGCUCGGACUGUACACAUCGUUUCUUCGGAUUUCCCCAACUCAACCCAAAAACAUCAAUCCCCCGCUCGGUAACCACCACACCGCAUGCUCCCCUCGAGACCCAAUGCAUCCCGGACUGGCGCAGGCUUGCCCUCCGCGCCGCGCUCGCGCUCAGUAGGGCGGGCCGGCGACGAUUACGAUCGAGACCGGCAUGCUCGCGAAGGCCGGUCGGGAAGCAGGCCCCCUCCCCUCCCUAGCACGCGCGCGAUCCGGCCCCAGCGCUCCGCCGCGAACCUGCCCUCGCCGACGUCCUACAGCGAUGAGGGGCGCGGGCGAGACACUGCAUCCCGCCAUGCGCCGCCCUCGUAUCGUAUGCCUAGCAACCCCCGCGCGAGGAGUGUAGCUCCGCGUGAAAGGGAAAGGGAAAGGGAAAGGGAGAGAGAGUAUGAUGAUCGCGCUUCGUACAAGUCGCGGACGUCGGCGUCGGAAUCGAUAUCGUCCAUGUCGUCUGUUUCUUCGUCGGGGUCGUCUUUCUUGGAUAGGAUGCGGGGCCGCUCGGGCUAUGCGUCCUCGCGCACCAGCUUAGAGGAGGAUGCGGAUCCGUAUCCGCCCAAACAGGCUACUAGUAAGCUGAGCUCCCGGCCGAUGACCAGAAGAGAUGUGGGAGAUGGUGAUCAUGAGGAUGAACCUCGGGCUGGCUAUGAGUCUCAAGAGUCGGGAUUCGGUUCUACGCUUUGGUCUCGCGUAGCAGAUGCCGCGGGUUCUCUGACGAUUAACGUGAGCAAAGCUUGGGCAGCGAACAUAACUACGUUCGCCGGUGAAGAAACUCCUCCGGGACAAGAGUCACGUCUCACGCGAGCAAUGAAGGCAUAUCACUUGGAGAAAGCACGCGACCCUGCUGAUCUGCCGGAAUGGCUCUUCAGCGAGAGCGAACGACGCCCUGCACGCGCCCGUCGUGAACGUCCGCUGGAAAGAGAUCAAUACGAAGAGGUCGCGGCAGCUGCUCCGUCGCGAAGCAGAGGACUGAAGGAUAUCUAUGCCGCCGCCGCCGUCUCUGUGCCUGCUCCAGCCCGCAAUGACAGAUCGGACUCUUCCAUGCGAGGACGUUACGGAGGCCCAUCUCAGCCGGCGCCGUCAAAGGCGACUGAUCGAUUGAAGGCAAUGCGUGAUGCCAAACGGGGUGCCACCGCGAGAGCGGAAGAUGAAGUACCUAUGGGAAGAGAGUACAGAAAUGACCCUCGGGCUGAAGGGGAGAGACGCCCUGCCAGGGUUGGUUUGCCCUCGGGACCGGGGGUGAGGCCAAGGAGGAUUUAGGUAUUUUGUACCUUUUCUUGUGGACAGUAGAUACACACUUGUACUUUGUACCCACGACACUGAUGGUACCACCGGACAACGAUGAUUGAUGGUCGGUCAAAUCCCCG